GUUGGCUUCACUCCUGGCCACCGGUGGUCAAUGGUUUGAAGAGAUAAGACAGGUAUGUUUGGGUUUUUUCUUUAGGGUAUAGCUAUUUUAAACGUCAUAAAUUUAGGAUUAAGUAUUAUCAUAUGUCAGAGGUGAGUAUUAUCCAGAUAUUUAGGGGAGUAUUGUGAUAUGUAAGAAGUGAGUAUUUUCAUGUUUUUAUGGGAUUAUUGUCAUAUGUUAGAAGUGAGUAUUUUCCAGAUUUAAAGAGGAGUAAUGUCAUAUGUUAGAAGUGAGUAUUCUCCAGUUUUAUAGAGGCGUAUUGUCAUAUGCUAGAAGUGAGUAUUUUCCAGUUUUAGAGAGGAGUAUUGCCAUAUGUUAGAAGUGAGUAUUUUCGUUUUAGAGAGGAGUAUUGCUAUAUGCUAGAAGUGAGUAUUUUCCAGUUUUAGAGAGGAGUAUUGCCAUAUGUUAGAAGUGAGUAUUUUCCAGUUUUAGAGAGGAGUACUGUCAUAUGUUAGAAGUGCGUAUUCUCCAGUUUUAGAGAGGAGUAUUGCCAUAUGCUAGAAGUGAGUAUUUUCCAGAUUUUGAUGGGAGUAUUGUGAUAUUUCCGGAUGCCAUUACUUCAUAUCCAUUGGCCAGUACAGUAACAGGUCAGAAGUAAUUAGUACAGUAAUAUGUCAGGGGUCAGUAUUGCAGCGAGGCAUGUCCAAUCAUAACUUUUCUUUACCUGCUUAGAAAAGUACAUCGUCAUCAGGGCUUCUAAUUUGAUUUUAUUGUCAAUCGGAAAAUAAUUUUCAUAAUUUGGCAUUAAAGGACGCAGUGUUCCUGUAACAUUUAAAUUACUUACUGGUAUCUAAAUUUACUUACUGGAAUCUAAAAGUGCUUACUGGUAUCCAAAAUUACUUCCUGGAAUCUAAAAGUGCUUACUGAUAUCUAAAAGUAAUUACUGGUAUCUAAACGUAUUUACUGGUAUCUUAAAGUACUUACCAGUAUCUAAAAGUAAUUACUGCUAUAUAAAAGUAAUUACUGGUAUCUAAAAGUACUUACUUGUAUUUCCUUCUUCUAUAUAUUGAGGGCCCACGAUCAAUUUAUUGAUCAUUUUUGGCUCCUAUGCUUAUAGAGGGGAUUUGCAAUGUUUCUGUGCCUGGUGAUGAUGAGGACAUUUCACUGAUUGCCAGUGCCACUUUGUGAGGGUAUCAUGCACUGGGGGUUGGAAGGCCCGAGGCAUCUAAAAUACUUAGUAGUAUCUAAAAGUACUUACUGGUAACCUAAAGUACUAACUGGAAUCUAAAAGUACUGACUGAAAUUUGAAAGUGAUUAUUGGUAUCUAAAAGUACUUACUAAUAUCUAAAAGUACUUACCGGUAUCUAAUAGUACUUACCGGUAUCUAAAAGUGUAAUGAUUAACAUACAAAAACAUGUGACUUUGUUUCUCCCCUACUUUCUCAGACUCUGACCAAUCGACUAGUCGUAAAUUGAUUACUUCCAUCACCUUAGUUAGGCAUCUAUCCAAGGCGCAAAAUUAGAAAGCAUACAUUUCUUCCGCCAUGUGCCGGGCUCAGCAGAAAUACGCGUGGCUCUGCAGAAAUAUGUGGGGCUCUGCAGCAAUACGCGUCGAUCUGCAGCCAUACGUGCGGCUCUACACGGGGCUCUGCAGCCAUAUGCCGGGCACUGCGGCCAUAAGCCACUCUUAGAAGGAGUAUUGCUCUUUAAUGACAUGCGUGGUAAAAACAAAAUCCUUUUUUGCUACAGGCAUACUUUAUAAUACUACAUUGCUGUACAUACAGUAUAACCAAUACAGGAGGCCAGAGUAAUCAAUGCAUUGAUCGUGGGCCCUCAAAAUAUAGAAGAAGAAGAAGAGGUAGAAGAAGAAGAAGAGGUAGAAGAAGAAUUAGCUCAAAGUUUACACUCCUUAAAUGUGACCAAAAAAAUCUCUAGCCCCCAUGAGAUAAAAGUCAUUUUAAAUAAAAAUAGAACAGUAUGUGUGGGCCGCGUGAAGAAAAUAACGGAACAAGAUAUGUGAAGGAUUGAAAUAAAAAGACAGGAGAUUCAAAAGAGCUUUUACCCGCCAAUAUCUCGUGUGUUUCUUGCGUAUUUGACAUCUUUAUAAUUAAUUCUCUUUCCCCGUCAUGUAGAAAAAACAUGUAGAAUUGAACAUUGAUUAUGUAAAUAUUUUUUUUUUGGUAAAUAUUUUUUUUUAACUUUUUUCUGUAAAACAUUAAAAAAAAAUAUGUAAUAAUUCAUAGAAUCAAAUACAUCCUUGUUAUGGUUACCGUAACCAUGCCGACAAGGGAGGCUACCUGCUGUCUCGUCGUCCUGACAACGUUGGCCUGCCUCUACGGUGAGGUCCUGGCAUUCAGUGAUGGGUCCAAGCUGGCACAAGGAUUUUCCGCCACCAGGAGCGUCUACUGCCACAGGUAAACCAAGGAAAAUAGGGGCAUCGUUAAAUUAUUGUAUCACUGGCUGAUGCCCUCCAUAGUACUCGGCGGUGUAAGAAUAUGGCUUAAUCGGGUGCUGUUGUUUUUUUUAAUACCCGAUUCGGGUAUUUUGAGAAAAUGCCUGGUGGGUCCGAGUGUCUCCAAAAAAAAAAAAGAGUUAACUUCUUAUAAUCUAUAAAUAAUAGUCCUACAUCCCACCUGCCGGUCUUUUAACCAAUGGUCCUACAGGCAGUCCUAGACUUUACCUGCCGGUCGUUAAACAUUAGUCUCUUUAAAAAUAGGUUUUUAGGCAGUCCUGCACCAUAGCCGUGGGUCUUUAUUUGUUAAUAUGAUAGUCGCCUUUGACAAAAUUUAGCUUUUUUACCUGGGUUCCAACGUCACGCAUGACGCUCGCUGCUCUACAGAUAUUUGAGUAGGGGAGGGCUGGUUGGGAAUAGGAAGCAGCCACACCACAAGCGUUAUAUAUAUAUAAGAGGUGAUUGUAAAAUUACUGCUAGUUUCGGAAACAGUAACUCACUUCUCAAGGAUAAAUAAUUAAGAAAUGUGAUUUAGAUUGUGUGAAGAGAGAGAGAAAGAGAGAGAGAAAGAGAGAGAGAGAAAGAGAGAGAGGGAGAUAAAGAGGGGUGAGGUAGGGGAGAGAGGAAGGGGGAGGGAGGGGAUGGGGGAGGUAGAGGAGAGAGAGGAGAGAGACUCGGCAAGACAGACAGAAAAUCAGACAAAGCUAAGAGACAUGAAGAGUCAGACAGCCAGAGAGAGAAAGAUAGAUGAGGGUAAGACAGAGACAAAGCGAGAGAGAGACAGACAAAGAGACAUAGACAUGAUAUACAAAGUGGGAGAUAUUGAGACAGAGAGAGUUGAGGGUAAGGCAGAAGAGAGAGAGAUAGAGUUGAGAUCAAGAGUGAGAGAAAGUCAGUCAGAAAGAAAGAAGAGAGGCGGAGAUAAAGAGUGAAAGUAAGAGAGACCUGCUGACAAGACAGAGAGGGUGAGAGAUACGGGUGAAGACUAAACAGUAAGAGAAGAGAGAGUGAGAUGAGGGCAGGACAGAGACAGAAGAGAGAGUGAGAUGAGGGCAGGACAGAGACAGAAGAGAGAGAGAGAUGAGGGCAGGACAGAGACAGAAGAGAGUGCGGGCAGGACCGAGACAGAAGAGAGAGUGGGAUGAGGGCAGGACAGAGAGAGAAGAGAGAGGGAGAUGAGGGCAGGACAGAGACAGAUAGAGACAGAAGAGAGAGUGAGAUGAGGGCAGGACAGAGACAGAAGAGAGUGAGGGCAGGACAGAGACAGAAGAUAGAGUGAGAUGAGGGCAGGACAGAGACAGAAGAGAGAGUGAGAAGAGGGCAGGACAGAGACAGGAGAGAGAGGGAGAUGAGGGCAGGACAGGGGCAGAAGAGAGAGUGAGAAGAGAGCAGGACAGAGACAGAAGAGAGUGAGGGCAGGACAGAGACAGAAGAGAGAGUGAGAUGAGGGCAGGACAGAGACAGAAGAGAGAGUGAGAUGAGGGCAGGACAGAGACAGUAGAGAGAGUGAGAUGAGGGCAGGACAGAGACAGAAGAGAGAGUGAGAUGAGAGCAGGACAGAGACAGAAGAGAGUGAGAUGAGGGCAGGACAGAGACAGAAGAGAGUGAGGGAAAAAUGUAACGAGAAAUGUAGAGAGAAAUACAGAGAGAGAGAGAGAGAGAGAGAGAGAGAGAGAGAGAGAGAGAGAGAGAGAGGAGGGAGAGAGAGAGAAAGAGAGAAAAAGCAGAGGGCAUGGCAUUUAACAGCAGUAAUAAUUUAACGUUUGUCGCGAAAAAAGUGAGAAAUAGUAAAUUAUUUUUUGAUAUGUAUUUUUCUUUCAUAAAUUAAAAAAAAAAAAAAAAAUUAUCAACUUAAAUGUAGCUUUGCAUAAACUGCCAUCUUUCUUUGGGUUGCCAGGUCCACCAACAAACGACAACCUCUUCACUUCAACGCCAAGUGUAACGGCUACUGCGAACCCAACCGCCAAGGUGACCUUUACUACGACCUGGAGGUCAGCGCGUCCAGCUACUGGCUGGAUAUCGUAACAAGUAAGUGACCAAUUUGUGGGUCAAUUUACGUUUUAGAAAAAAAAAACUGCUUUAGGCAUAAAUUAGGUUACAAUAAAGAGGGGAGUAGAGUAUUAUAAUAACUGUGCUUCUCAAAACUCAUAAUUUUCCACGUUUGUCUAAAAAUUAAAUUUUGCUAGAACUAAAAAAAAACACUAAAAAAAAAUGUUAUUUUUGUGAAUGCUCGAAAAUUUAUCAAAAAUUUUUUGAACUUUUGGAAUAACAUUAAAAAAUCCCACUCCUGAUAAAAGAUCAGUAUAUUCUCAAUUUGGGUGCUGUGCCACAAAGCUUGCGGAAUAGAGUUCAAUACCCACGUAAGCCCAGACAUCACACCGGGUGGGUGGGACUUGUUAGACUCAGAUGAUAACUCAUCUAAGAGCAGGCAAUCGCUGAAUUCAAACCCGGAGAUGGGGGUCCCGUGGGCGGGUAACGUUGAGACAAUGAAAAUUCCGGAAAAACCGGUGACGCUGCUGGUGCCACGCUGUAUCAUCUACAUAAGAUCUUCUCUUGGUUGUGAUUUCGUCAUCCGAUGUCUACAGCAUCGUCACAUUGUGUCGGACGGAUGCUAGAAAAAAUCUCAAAUACAAGAUUUCAGUAUGUAUUAUUCGAUGUAAAAAUUAUGUUUUUAAACAUCCAAUGACCUAGAUAGUGAUAGUGUUCGUCCCACUCUUUCAGUUAAUAUAACCGCCAAAGAAGACUCUGGGAGGUCUGUCACCGGCUUCUCAAUCUAUGCUGUCGACGAAGCGGACAAGGUGGCCGGCAGCUUCAUCGAGGACGAUGACCACAUCCUGGUGGGCUCCUGCGGCAAUCUGCUCACCUACAACCAGGAGACGCACGGAGCCUUUCACAAGAUGGCCGACCGGAACCGGAAGAACAUCACCUUCCAGUUUCAGCCCGAUGGAUUCAAUCAUGGCGAAAUUAAAUUUGUGUGAGUUCAUGGGUCAAGAAGGUUUUUUUUUUUUUUAAAACAAGUUCUAAGCAUGGGGUAAAUCUACGAUUAAAAAUAAUAUAUUAGAAAUGCUUUUGUUUCGAACGUUGAAUCUGUUAUAAUAAAUGAAUUUGUAUGAGCAUUUGUUAUAUAUAUACAUAUAUAUAUAUAUAUGUGUGUGUGAGUGUGCGUGUGUGUGCAUGUGUGUGUGUGUGUGAUCGCUGCAUGUAUGCAGUGGUUUGGGUGCACGUUUCUAUCAUAGCUACGCCAUUUAUGUUAAUUUCUUAAACCACAUUCCAGAGUUUGGGUUGUAAACAAUCAAUCGGAUAUCCAUUACCUGGAAUCACCUCCCCUGACACCCAGUAAGAAUGGUGAGUAGCACUCGUUGGCGCAGAUAUUUGCAAGCAUUCAAGGAAAUUUAAGAAUGUUCUUAUCACCUUCAUUUGUAAAGGGGAAUAGCUUGAUAUCCGUGACAUCAACUUUAAAAUUAUUGGAAUUGUACCUCUUGCCAAGCCGUACUUUGAAAUAAAAUUCUUUUAAAACGUAAAUUGUGGUUGGGGCUUCCUGUCGAUAUCUCUUAGUAAUUUGUAUAUAUUGUCUAGCGCUUAUAUUUCAGCAUAUGUUGUGACAACCUUAACAAACAACUUGACAGUUGUUUCAAAGUUUGAUGUGGUGGUAAGGUGGGAGGGGUGGGGGAGAGCAACGUGGAAUAUUUACAGUCGGAUCAUUGACAUAAUUAAACUAUUUCAUUAUAUGUUACCAAUUGUGAGUAUUUUUAUUAUCAUCAUUUUAAAAAACGCAUCUCUUAAAAAUACAACCCCCACAGUGUUGCCUUACAAGAAAAAUGGGAGUGGGGGGGUUGGGGGGCAAGACACAAGUAGGGUGGUGGGGCGUGGACUGUAAAUUAAACAACCGUCAUUGUUUCUAAUCUAUUGAAAUGCAUACAAGUAUAUCAAGUAUUUCAAGCACAUGAAGUAUAUAAGGUAUAUCAAGUAUUCAAUGUAUAUAAUUUUCAAAAAGUCCCUUAAAACUCACCUGUUUAGGUCCGCCUAUGACCUGUGAUGCACCCUCCUUGCCCUGCCUCAUUUUCUGUUUCAGGUUGAUCCUGAAGUAUAGGCCAAAACGUGUCAAAGUGUCCUCGUUUUAUAGCCAUUUUCAUUGUUUCUAUAGUAUAGUAGUUACUAUCCUAGUGUCUCAUUUUUAUUUUACUUAGUUUACAUGUUUUUAAUAAUUGUAAAGCGCUUAGAGCUUUAUGGUAAGUGCUAUAUAAAAAUGCCUAAAUAAAUAAAUAAAUAAAUAUCAAGGAUAUCAAGUAGAUCAAUGUAUAUCAAGAACACCAAUUGUAUUUCGCGAACUGUAAGUUGUGUCUUUCAACUUUGAAAAUCGAGGACUUAACAUGCUGCCAAGUGGUGCCGCCAAGUGGUGCCGCCAAGUGGUGCCGCCAAGUGGUGCCGCCAAGUGGUGCCGCCAAGUGGUGCCGCCAAGUGGUGCCGCCAAGUGGUGCCGCCAAGUGGUGCCGCCAAGUGGUGCCGCCAAGUGGUGCCGCCAAGUGGUGCCGCCAAGUGGUGCCGCCAAGUGGUGCCGCCAAGUGGUGCCGCCAAGUGGUGCCGCCAAGUGGUGCCGCCAAGUGGUGCCGCCAAGUGGUGCCGCCAAGUGGUGCCGCCAAGUGGUGCCGCCAAGUGGUGCCGCCAAGUGGUGCCGCCAAGUGGUGCCGCCAAGUGGUGCCGCCAAGUGGUGCCGCCAAGUGGUGCCGCCAAGUGGUGCCGCCAAGUGGUGCCGCCAAGUGGUGCCGCCAAGUGGUGCCGCCAAGUGGUGCCGCCAAGUGGUGCCGCCAAGUGGUGCCGCCAAGUGGUGCCGCCAAGUGGUGCCGCCAAGUGGUGCCGCCAAGUGGUGCCGCCAAGUGGUGCCGCCAAGUGGUGCCGCCAAGUGGUGCCGCCAAGUGGUGCCGCCAAGUGGUGCCGCCAAGUGGUGCCGCCAAGUGGUGCCGCCAAGUGGUGCCGCCAAGUGGUGCCGCCAAGUGGUGCCGCCAAGUGGUGCCGCCAAGUGGUGCCGCCAAGUGGUGCCGCCAAGUGGUGCCGCCAAGUGGUGCCGCCAAGUGGUGCCGCCAAGUGGUGCCGCCAAGUGGUUCUACCAAGUGGUGAUGCCAAGUGGUGAUGCCAAGUGGUGAUGCCAAGUGGGGUCGCCAAGUGGUGCCGCCAAGUGGUGCCGCCAAAUGGUGAUGCCAAGUGGUGAUGCCAAGUGGUGGUGCCAAGUGGUGAUGCCAAGUGGUACCGCCAAGUGGUGCCACCAAGGGGUGAUGCCAAGAGGUGAUGGCAAGUGGUGAUGUCAAGUGGUGAUGCCAAGUGGUGAUGCCAAGUGGUGAUGCCAAGUGGUGCCACCAAGUGGUGCCGCCAAGUGGUGAUGCCAAGUGGUGCCGCCAAGUGGUGCCGCCAAGUGGUGCCGCCAAGUGGUGCCACUAAUGGUGCCGCAAAGUGUGAGAUAUAUCGUUUUGAAAGCCAUCAUGGAGGCCGUUUUCUGACGUUACUGCUUGUGCGUUUAAAAAGAUCUGGGAAUUCAACCUUCUUGACACUCAGGUGUGAAGUGGGACUAAAGAGGUUUGGAAACAUCGCUCUACAAUAAUCUUACACUCUACAGUACACAAGUGGAGCUGAAAGCUUCCACUCCUACCACACCCCAAGCCCUUUGUAUGAGCUGUUACCGAAGAGGAGCUGUGAUUGGAAGUUUCAGCUGCAAGGCUUAAGACAGUAAAGAAAGUAUUGAUCCAUCUUGGACCCGAUAAAAUAUGUUCCAGUGCUAUGUGGUAUACUCCACUCAUCUCUAUGUAACUUACACUUAGAUCAAUCAUAUCAUUUGUCUCAUGGUAGAUGUCACGUACAAAUGUGCAAAAAAUAAAAUUCUUAAUAUUUUAUUGCAGGCACAGACGCCCUUGACCUCAAGUCAGUCCUCCACGGAAUGGUCAGCGACGUAGACAUCAACUUGUUCGAGGACUCCUUCGAGUACCGCAAGAAAAUGGGCUACCGCCUCGACCUGGAGGACCCCUUCUCACUGUUUGAGAGCGAUCCGGGCGCUGUGGAGCUGGUGCCCCUGAACACAACUGAUAACAGGACGUCGAAGAAAACAACAGCGACAACAGCGGCAACCUCUUCCGCGAGCACCACUGCAAAGCUGGAGAUAACGACAGCAGCAGUGUAUGUCUCCACAAAUCAUCAGGACGAUAUGUUUUCAGUUAACGUGGGCAUGAAUGGUGCAAAUAACGUGGGCAUGAAUGGUGAGAAUAACGUGGGCAUCAAUGCUGCGAAUAACGCGGGCAUCAAUGGUGCGAACAGCGUGGGCAUGAAUGGUGCGAAUAACGCGGGCAUCAAUGGUGCGAACAGCCUGGGCAUGAAUGGUGCGAAUAACGCGGGCAUCAAUGGUGCGAACAGCGUAGGCAUGAGUGGUGCGAACAACGCGGCCAAGAAUAACGCACAGUGGGGCGCUAGGGACAUGGCUUUGGAGAGUAACCUGGUUAUGGGUGACGUCAGCGGGACACCACAAGGUGGAUGGGGGGACCUACCACAGCAGCCGAUGAACCCAAGAUUUAACGUCUUAAUCUAGCAUGUAAAUGUAGCACUAACAUAUUAUACUGUCAUUGCUGUCAUGUAGUUAAACCCAAAAUGUUGAAAUAGAAAGAAAUUGUUCAAGGACGAUGUGUAGGGUUCAUUGAAUUAAUUUGUUUUGACGCGCCACUGAAUUAAAU